AUGAGCGUAAAUGAAAUACAAAACGAUUUCCAAUCAUUAUUCUCCAUAUUCAACGAUGAUUCAAUAUCAAUAGAUUCAAAAAUAUCAACAUUGACCAAGUUUAAAGGUCAUGUUAAGAAAGAACUAGUCAAUAUACCACUAAUACCAUCAUUUUUCGACACUUUAUUAUUAAUACCGGAGAAAUAUUCAAAUUUAAUCAAUCUGAUAACGUUAUCUCAUUCAUCAUUAUGCUAUUUGAUUAAGAGAGUAGCUGUGCAAUCUCCUUCCAACUUCGAUAGAAUAACAGUGGGGAGAUUAAUAAAUCAUCUAAUUAAUAAUUUACCAAAUAUAAUCUCCAAAUUAAACAACACUAAUGGUAACUUAGAAAAAAAAUUCUGGCUAUUAUCGAUAAAAGCCCUAGAGACAAUUUAUCUAGUUACCCCAUUAUUCUUAGAGGAUUAUUUACAGAAAUUAUUGGUGGAUUACCAGAACAAUAUUAAAUUGAUAUUGUUAACCAUUGAUGAAUUGAUAAAGAUAAAUUUAAAAAACAACAAAAACCCAAUUUUUACUUUACAAAUCUUUAUCCCAUUCUUUAUUAAACUACUGAAUAAUCCUCAACAAGAUCCACAAUCUCAUUUAAUUGCUGAAUUAAUAAGUGAUAUCUUGAAAAAAUAUUUAAAUGAGCAAUCCAUAAUGGAUUUCAUAAAUCAACUGACCAAGAAUGAUAUCAAAACUAUCGUGACACAGAAUUGCAUGAUAUCAUCAUCUUCCACCUCCAAUACCACCAAUAAUCAACACUCAUCUCAAGGCAUUAACGAUAUAGAUAUAACCGAAACAUCAUCAAAUCAAAUAUUUGAUAAAGACUACGAAUUAAACAUAAUAUUAAAUGAUUCUCAAUCACCACAAUCUUCAACGAUAUCCAACCCUAACAAUAAACUUCAUCCACAUCCUCAUAACAACAAUUAUUAUAAUUCCAUGGAUCAAUUGCAUUCUGACUUGAAUAAUCUAUUAAUACCAUUCCAAGGUAUUAAGGAAACGGAACAAAAUUGGAAACAAAGACAAUCAAAUAUAAUUGAAAUGAGAUCCAAAAUCUUUCAUAUUGAUAAUAAAAUAUUUCAAGACGAUGCAAAUUUAUCACAAUUGAUUAAUAUCUUAAGAGAUACAAACUUUUUAGAUUGUAUAUCAAAGACAAUCCUAUCGUUAAGAACAACCCUUUCAUUAAAUUCCUGCCAAUUAUUAAAAGACAUUAUAAUAUUAUGUAAUGAUAAAUUAUCAUUACAAAUGAUUGAUCAGAUAUUUAUCAUACUGAAAAAUCUUCUUUCAUCAACUAAGAAAAUUUCUUCACAAAUGUCAUUCCACUGUCUCAUUAUAAUGUUAAUUCAUAUUGAAAGCUUUCAUAAUAAACUCUUUUCCAAUUGCUUCUCAUUAAUCAACGAGAAAAAUGUCUUUCCCAGGAUAUGUUCUGCCACUUUAUUAAGAAUAAUCUUAAUUAAAUUCAACAUCCAAUCAUCAAAAUUGGAAAACAAUUUGAUUUACAUUGAAGAAUGGUUGAAAAAGGGAAUAUCAGAUGCUCAAACGAUAGUAAGAGAACCAAUGAGAGUUACAUUCUGGUACUACUAUAAAUGUUACCCAAAUAAUGCCAAGGAUCUCUUGAAUAGUGCCUUUUCCGCACAAUUGAAAAAAUCAAUAGAAUUAUCAAUACCAAAUCAUUUACACUUGGAUUAUUCCAAAAUUUCACAAAAUCAAAGAAAUGUCUCAUCACACUUCAAUUCCAUCAAUGGCUCAAGAAGAUCAAGUAUUAAUCAUAACAACAGAAAUAAAAAUUUCCCAAGCUAUGCAAAACCAACACAAGCAUCAAAAUCAUCAUCUCUAAACACCAAUAAUAAUCAAAGAAAUUCGAAAAUUAGAUCCACAAGUGAGUUUCUACUACGAGAACACAACAACAACAGCAGCAACAGCAACAGCAAUAAUAUUCAUAAUUCUGACCUACACACUAGUCUCAAGGACCAAAAUGGUAAUUCUAAUUUGAAGAGAAAAGUAAGUGCUCCUCCAAUGUCGUUGACCAAUAAUGGAUCUGUAGCGAAAAAACGUCAUCUAUCAAAUCCGUAUUCAGCAGAGAAGGAUUUUGAACUUCACCGUGAAGACCCAAAUCAUCUUGAUCUCACAGAUGAAGUAUCUAAUAAUCAUUCAAAUACAUUAAUAAAGAAGUAUUUGAAUGAGGAGAAGGAGGAUUCCAAUAAUACAAACACAAUUAACAUGAGAGAUGACGAAAUAAUAUAUGAAAAAUUACAAAACCUUUCCACAACCAAGAAUGCCAUUGAAAUCUUACAGAAUACCUUACUGGAUGAGAAGAAAGACAUUCUCUUCAAUUUUGAUAAAAUAUUACCUUCAUUGCGUAAUGCAAUGUUGAAAAAUCCCUUUCAAUUGAAAAAUUUAUUAACCAUUGCAAGAUUUAUCAACGUCUUUCCUCUAAAUUACAUCAUUGAAUUAUAUUCUAUAAACAAUUUAGAGUCUUCCGAUUUGUUUAACAAACUAACACACUUGGAAAGCAAGAAAGAUUAUAACGAUUUGAUAACUAUAACAUUAACAGAAUUUAACAACAUAACAUCAACUUUCAAUCUUACUAACCGGGAGUCUCCCGAAAUAUCAAUAUUUUAUUUGAAAUAUAGGUCCAAGAUCUUCAAUUUCUCCUUCAAAUUUAUUUCUUUGCUAUUUGAAACCAUCAAGGAAAAUGAGAAAUCCUUUACCACAGAUAAUGACAUUAUUGGUAAGUUACUUUCUAAACUCUUCCAACUGUAUGGCCAAGAAUUUGAUUCUUCUCUUUAUUUUGAAUUGCUAUACAAGAUAUAUUUGAACAGUAGAGAAAUCUUCAAAGAGAUAUUGGCGAAUUAUGACUUAUUUUCAACUAAAUUGAAAAUAUUCAAUGAAUUGAAGUUGAAAGAUAUUAACUUCUUUGACAUUAAUGAAAUUAUGAAACUAGAUGAAAUACCAAAUACAACGGAACAAGAUUACAAUGAUAUAGAUGAAAAGGAAGACGAUACUAACGUUAAGCGGUAUAUGGAAAUGACAAUGGUCAACCCCUUCCAGAAAUCUCAAAGCAAUGCCACAGAUAAACGAACUCCAAGUACAAGCAGUGUUAUUCAUAAUUCGCCAACCGGAGAGGACGAGAAGGACGUCGAUGAUAAUAGUAAUGAUGAGAAUGUUCAACAGCAUACAGAGAAUAAUAACAGAUUAUAUGAAAUGACCAAGAUAGUAAGUGUGUAUCAAACUGCGAACAAUAUUCGAUUAUCUGAAACAGAAACAGAAACUGUAGACCUAGAUAACGAUAAAGAUAUCAGUUUAAGUGAUAUUUUCAAUAAGAAUGAAAAGGGUGAUGAGAACGAGCAUACAGUUAAAUUUAGUACCGAUCCUCCAAAAAUUAUUAAUACUGUGGAUGAAAAGAAAUCAAACGUGGAAGGAUCAUUUCAUAGAGAAAUUCUCACAGAGCAGGAUCCAAACGUUUGUCCUACCCCUACCGUUAUUGAGUCCGUUGCUGAGAGAAAAAAAUCAACAUUAUCAUCGUCAUCAAAAAAAGAUUCUACCAAGAAGGCAAUUGCUUUUGAGAAGGUGAAUAUUGGACAGCACGAUAUGCCUUCCUUAGGUAUGAACUCUCAAGAAAAAAUGGAGUUUUCACACUUAGGUCAAGAAAUGCAAGAGAAUGCAUUGGUAUCUCCCAUAAAAAUAAUUUCAAAUGAAUCAACAUUUAAAUUAGAAAAUUCCUUGCUAAAUCAAUUUGUUCCUGAUUCAUUAAUUCAUUAUGAAGUAGCUGAUACCAUAAGCCACCCAACAAACGAUUUUAAUGACUUCCAAUAUUACUUUAAGCACAUGCUAAAAUCAAUUAAUAGAAUUAAGAGCGGCUCCUUUACAAUGAAACAUCUGAACUACCUCAUUGAGCCUUUAAUUUCCUUCGGUCAUGAUCAACAAUUAAAAAAUUGGUUAGAUAAAGAGAAUGGAUACAACGAAUUACUUGACUUAUGUUGCAUGCUUUUACAGUCUACAGAUGAAACACCAUCAAUACCUGUGAGAUUAGGUUGUAAAUCAAUGGUUUUAUUAUUUUGUCUAAUUAAAGUUAGCUCCAAUUUGGAAAAUCCUCAACUGAUAUUCUCAAGUAAAAUAGCAGAUGUAUGGAAUGAAAUUGUUCUUCUGAUUAAUAACAUAUCAGACUACAAUAAUGAAAUUUAUUUAUUAUCUCAGGAACUGCGAGACGAAUUGUUAGUAUUAGGAUUCUUCAAUUCUAAAUCAAUAACAAGAAUACUAAGUAUUUUAGUAAUGGAGAUAAAUGAACAAAAUCCAGGGAUUAAAGAGACAUUUUUGAUGGAAACAUUGUCUAGAACUUUGCAAACACAAUACAAUUCAAACAAUUUUCUAGCGUUCAAGAAACAACAAUUGACUGAAAUAAUUCAAACAAUGUCGUAUUUUACUGAGACAACGAAUACUAAUUGGAGAUACCAAAGUACAAAGGUUUUAAGCUACAUACUACGAAUUUUAAAAUCAAGCAAUCACGAUGAGACAGAUAUAUUCCAAAUGUUUACUUGUUUGGAGAAGAAAACAUUUAAAUUGGUGAACAUUUUAUCAUCGCAAUGA